CACAGCUCUUGACUCGCCCGAAUCAUCUUGAUGAGCAGAUAUCAGUGGCAAACACUGCUUUCCCGAAAUCUAGCAUAUGGAGCCUCAGAAAUCCGUGUCUUCUUCCAGGUUGUUUUUUUUAGUGGAGUUAUUCAUUCUAGACCUCUCCUAGGAUGGCGCAGUUUGCGUGGAACAGGGCUGCCCAAGAAGUAUGACUUCAUAUGCGAAUAUUAUUAAAGAGAGUGGGAGUCGAUUACUACCGAUUUGGAAUCCUCUAUAUGAGGAAGUAAACAUCUCCAUAAUUAUUACGUAUGUAUGACUUCAUAGUGCUCUAGUAUUCCUUUGUACCUUCACCCGUUUUCGUGACCAAGUGUUCGAGCUUGUCAGGCCACUUUUACCUUUGAAACUCAUAGGAGAUCAAAGGUGAACUCCUCUGGUAACAGUUAUUGCCCCAAUUUUGGAUAUAAAGAAGCCAUGGAAAAGCCAGCAAUGAUUGUUUUUCAGACGUGGACAGUAUAAACAACAAUUUACUGAGAACCUAUUGUGAAACAAUAACCCUCAGCAGCCCACAACAGCCCCACGCUACGCCUUAUAAUGCCUCAAUACAGACAGGGACAAAAUGUUCUCUAUAAGCCUGUGGGAGGCCCCGAAUCUCACACCUCGGAGAGUGUUGGUUGUAUUAUGUCUGUCCUGACACAACCAGGGACUCAAGCAGGGCGUAACGUCGAUGCGAGCCAGUCUCAUCCCCGUUAUGAGGUGGGCUACUAUCCUACCAAAGCGGAGGUUGUAAGCUAACAGUAAAGUGCAGAUUGAAAACCAAAACACUGGAAAGUCGACCUCGGUUUAUGAGGAAAAUAUCUUGGGCACUGUUUGAGGCAGUGAUAGCUACAAAAGACGCAAAGCUUUGAUACCAGGGCUAUUACACUUAACCUUUCAUUAUAAAUGUUAGCUAUAUAACUCCUACACUCGUUAACAUUAUAAUAAAAAGAUAUAUUGGAUAUCAAAAAGUAUAGUCGGUUCGUAGAACCCUCAACUAAUACUAUCCUUGUUUCUCAGUUUUGCUCAUAUAAAUUCUCUAUGUUUUUGGUUACAACUACACUGAAGAUUGCUCCAAUGCUCAAUGCUAUAUGUAUAGCCGACUAGAAGUUGAUACUCUAUCAAUUAAUCC